AUGUUUGGACUUUUCAACCAAGUGCAACGAAAGAUCUUGUACUACUUGCUCUCUCUUUUCUUUGGAGGUAAUAAAUCUUAUCAAUUCCGACCCGGUGAUAGUGUUUUGGUUAUUGAAGUCGGAAAGGAUUAUGUGAAAUACUUUAAAUUAACAAAACCAACAACACAACAGCAAUCAUCAUUAUCCACGCCGUCCCAUAAAUAUUUGGAACAAGACAGUAGGAGUGGAACGUAUUUAAAUAUGAAGAGUUUACUUCCUCCACAGCAUGAAAAAUCAAGCACUUCUUUGAGAAUGAUUGAAAAUUAA